AUGGCUUACCCAGGAAUACCGAUUCCGCCGAGAGGCUUCACCGACCUCAAGUCAGCAUGGGACCACCCACUGGCAGCACCAGGAGACAAACACUUCUGCUAUAUGAUUGGAGUUUGUGUUGACUUCCUACCCAUUACCAAAUCGCGAGGCUCGGACUACACAAUGAAACUUACCCUGCAUGACCCGUACUGGGUUGACGGGAUCGGCAUGGCAUUUCAAUUAUUCGUGAAGAAAGAAUCUCAUGCGCCACAGGUCACAAAUCAGGGCGACGUGAUCAUAUUCCACAGUGCUGGCACCUUGUAUAAUCCACGCAUGGGCAAGGUUGCCUUGUCCAACUACAGCAGCACUUGGUCCGUCCUUGAUUACGAUUCACUGCGAAAUAGCACCGCUGAUGAUUUCUCCGACGUUGUCAUUCACCGAAGUGAUCGUGACGGCGUCAAAGCACCAAUACCCAAUGUUGAGGAGAUCAAGUACGCCAAGGCCAUCCUUGAAUUAGAGGACUCUUCCUCGUGGAAAGGGCUACAAGGGCAAACCUCGCUCGAGACCAACAACAUCAUGGCAGCCAAUGGCGGCACACCGAGUAUGGUCAGGGGUAAAGAGCGCUCGAUCAGCAGCCUCACUAUCCCUGUCGACAGGGACUACUAUGUUGACAUUCUCGCCGAAGUUCGACGUAUCUAUACUACAGACAUGCGGAUGGAGCUAUCCGUGACCGAUUACACAGAUGAGAAUCCUAGCCUGUUCGAUUGCAAGCCUGAGUCCGAUGAGAAUGCACACGACCCUGGCGAUCAGUUCGGAUAUAUUGCUAGCAGCCACAAAGCCUGGCCAGGUCCAUGGGGUCGACGAACGUUCAACAUCACUUUAUGGGAGCCACACCGCAGCUACGCCGUUGCAAGCGUGACGCACGGCUCCCUGAUCCAAUUCCGAAAUGUGCAUGUGAAAGUCGACCAGCAAGCUAAACUCGAAGGCAUCGUUCACCAGGACAAGCUAUACCCCGACAAAGUACUCGUCUCAGCCCACAAACCAUACGAAGCCGAGACCAACGAGCCCUUACGCGACCUCCUCAAGAGAAAGAAAGCAUACGAAGACCACUGCAAAAGGUCUGGACUGCGCUUCGUCCGGGACGCCGACCCGAAAAAGCUGCCAUCUCAUUCCAAAUUAGACCAGGCCAAUGGCCGAGCCAUAUCACCACAGCUCGAGGAAGCGCCUCGUGAUGCCAAGGCUGCAAAGCGGAAUAAGAGAAAUAAGCAGAAGCAAAAGAAGAAAGCAGCGUCGGCGGCCAAGAAUGGCCUCGACGACGCGAACGAGCGUUCAGCAGGACUAGCCGAGAAGGCAGUGUCGUCCCUCGCGGCCAAUGCACACGUCCGUACAGUGACGUCGACGCAAUCCCUCAUCUCAAUCUCCUCUAUCCUUGAACCUUCCACGCGACAGCAGAAGACCAUGGCCGGCAACAUCUGGAUCGCCCCUUUUGUCAACCAACGGUACAAAUCCAAAGUGAAGGUCAUUGACUUCUACCCCAAUAACCUCGAGGACUUUGCCGUCAGAGCGAAGAGAAAGAGCGAAUACGCUGAAGCAGGUAUCGAUAGCGACGAUGACGAAGAGAACGAAAAAGCAGACAAUACCCCCCAUGACCAUGACGAGUCUAGCAGUGAAGACGCCAAUAGCGAUGGCGGCAACGAUAGUGACGCAAUGGCCGUCGACAACGAAGAGGGCAUCCCUUCCAACAAGAAAAGAAGAAGCAAGUGGGAAUGGCGCUUCGCCCUUACUAUCACCGAUCCAAACACAAGCCCCACGAACGCGAGUGAUGACAAGGUUAUUCGCCUGAUCGUUACAGGCGAUGGAGCCGAGCAUCUCCUGAGAGCCUCAGCGUGCAACCUCCGCAAGUCGCCCAAUGCGCUGGCUCAACUGCGGGAAAAGCUGUUCAUACUUUGGGGUAAUCUCGAGGAGCUCCUGACUGAGCAGCUCUCCACCUCCAGAUCUAGAGCAGGCUCCGGCGACGUAAACACGGAUGCCGCCGACCAAGACCGGGACAGGCGAUCGGCCCUGAGUUUGGUACAGAAGCAUUACAAAUCGCAGCCCUUCGAGUGCUUCAUCGAAGAGUACGGCGUACUGAAAGCGAAGAAAACGCGGAUCCGAAACGAUGGAAGUAUCGGGAACGGAGACCGCAUGGAGGACUGGGAAAGGUGUUUCCGUAUCUGUAAGACCACUAUUGCUUGA